AUGUUCAGCCAACGUAUAAAUAAUAACGGAGUACGGUUGGAUCAUGAUCAAGACAAAACAUUUUCUAUCUCUAAGGGUUCAUAUAAUCAUCAAUCGUAUCUAUCCUUACUAGACUUAAGAAAUAAGAAUCAAGAUCAUAAACGACAUAUCAAACCUACUCAGGUUCCACAUACUUUAUCUCCAAACUCCUAUACUUCUUCUUCUCAACUACGACUAAAAGAAUUAACUGAUAGUCAUAAUUGGGAUGAAUUAGACGAUUUCGAAUUAGAAGAGUUAAGAGAUGGAUUCUUUGAUGCUAUUUUUACAAAAUCUGAGAAAAAAUAUUUAAAUAUUGAUGAUAUAUCUUAUCUAGAUUUUCCAAAUCAAUUUUCUCGUGCUUUCCAUAUAAAAUCUUCUGAUUUGACACUUUUCUUUGAAGAUUUUAAGGUUCAACUGAUUCAAAAAUGGAGAAUAAUUAUUAAAUUUUUUAUUCCUUUCUUCAUUGCAUUUGUAUUAUGUGUGAUCAGACCUGCUGGUAGUUGGAUAGGCCAUGAUAAUCGAUUUUUUUACCUAUCGGUGUUAUACUGCAUCAUCCAGUAA